ACAUCUCUCCUUCUGUUUCCUCACUCUCACACCUAACUAUCCUCCCUCCCUCCCCCUCACUCUCUCUAUCUCUCUCCCAUCACCCUCACCACAAAACACACACAAACAAAACCAUAAACAGAUAAAAUCAAAUUAAAUAAUCAUGGAGAACGGUACGAAGGAAUUAAACAAGCCGCAACCACCGUCCUCCGCUGCCAUGCAGCUCCAAACGCCAGUCCAAAAAAUCCCAACCGCCACGUGGAAACUCGUCCUCGUCGCUGCCAUCGCCGCCGGGGUCCAGUUCGGGUGGGCCCUCCAGCUCUCCUUACUCACCCCUUACGUCCAACUCCUCGGCAUCCCUCACAAAUGGGCCGCCUACAUCUGGCUCUGCGGCCCAAUCUCCGGCAUGCUAGUCCAGCCCAUCGUCGGCUACUACAGUGACCACUGCCAAUCCUCCUUCGGCCGGAGACGCCCCUUCAUCGCCUCCGGCGCCGGAUGCGUCGCCAUCUCCGUCAUCCUCAUCGGCUUCGCCGCCGACAUAGGCUACAAAGCCGGCGACGACAUGUCCAAAACGCUCAAGCCUCGCGCAGUCACCGUCUUCGUCAUCGGAUUCUGGAUCCUCGACGUCGCCAACAACAUGCUGCAAGGCCCAUGCAGAGCCCUCCUCGCCGACUUAUGCUCCGGCGACACCAGAAGAAUGCGCUCCGCCAACGCAUUCUACUCCUUCUUCAUGGCCGUCGGUAACAUCCUCGGCUACGCCGCCGGGUCCUACAACAAUCUCUACAAGCUCUUCCCCUUCUCCAAAACCCAUGCAUGCGAUUUAUACUGCGCGAAUCUAAAAAGCUGCUUCAUCAUCUCCAUCGCCUUACUCAUAAUCAUCACCGUCGUAGCCCUCAGCGUCGUCAGAGAAAAGCAGUGGUCCCCUGACGACGCGGACGCCGCCGAUGAGCCGCCGUCCUCCGGGAAAAUCCCGGUGUUCGGCGAACUACUCGGGGCCCUCAAGGACUUACCGCGACCCAUGUUACUAUUACUAAUCGUCACGUGUCUUAAUUGGAUUGCAUGGUUCCCGUUUAUUUUAUUCGAUACCGAUUGGAUGGGCCGGGAGAUUUACGGAGGGACAGCUGGGAAGGGGAAGCUAUAUGACCAAGGUGUUCGGGCCGGGUCAUUGGGAUUGCUGCUCAACUCGGUGGUUCUAGGGCUGACGUCAAUUGCCGUCGAGUAUCUUGUCCGGGGAGUCGGUGGUGUGAAGAUUCUAUGGGGAGUUGUCAACUUUAUAUUGGCGAUAGGGUUGGUCAUGACGGUGGUGGUGUCCAAAGUGGCGCAGCAUCAACGGGAGCAUAGUGCGAAUGGGCAGCUUCUGCCGCCGUCCGCCGGAGUUAAGGCCGGAGCUUUGUCGUUGUUCUCCAUAUUGGGUAUCCCCCUAUCGAUAACGUAUAGUAUUCCUUUCGCUCUGGCAUCUAUAUAUUCCAGCGGUUCUGGUGCAGGACAAGGUCUCUCUCUUGGAGUUCUUAACCUCGCAAUUGUUGUGCCACAGAUGAUUGUUUCGGUUCUGGCCGGGCCAUUCGACUCCUUAUUCGGUGGAGGAAACUUACCGGCUUUCGUCGUGGGAGCGAUCUCCGCGGCGAUCAGCGGUGUGUUGGCUAUCGUUCUGCUGCCAAAGCCUUCUAAAGAUGCGGCGUCCAAAUUGUCGCUCUCCGGUACUUACCAUUAAAAUGGUUCAAUUUGUACUGUGAAGUGGUUAGGAAGCGGCCAUUUUAGAUUGCUAAGCAUAUCGAGUGGCUUUUUAAGAUUUCCUAAUGUGGAAACUACCAGCUCUUUUACUGUAAAUUUUAAUUUGGCUAGCGUACUUGGAGUUCGAGAAAUUUGUGUAACUUCCUGUGGGGGAGUGUUUGUUUUAAUAUAAUGUAAGGUUUGUCA